UAGGCAUUCUGGGAAGGAGAAGGUUGCAGACCAUUUUGCCCGCAGAUGACAUCGAAUGAGUCGGCGGACAGAUUCAUUUUCGCUUAGAAACGAUUCGUUUUCUGUCUUAACGUCUCUCAGAAGUUGAGAAGUGUUUGGUUGAAACGUUUCGUUGAAGUAUAUCUGGAGGAUUGAGAUACAAGGAUGGGUGCAGAUAAACGGAUCAGCCGUACGGAACGCAGCGGCAGGUAUGGCUCCGAGCAGUCCCGCGACGACGAUCGCAGAGACCGCAGGGAUCGCGACGACCGUGGCUACGAUUCCCAUCGCUGGAACGAGGAUCGCCGCUACGAUGGUGAAAGAAACGAGCGGUAUUGGAGCAGGGAGAGUCCUGAGCGAGGAAGGAAACGUCGCAGCAGCGACGGGUCCGAUGACGGUCAUCACUCCGAUGGAGAUUACUCCGAACACGAUUACAGAGGCGAUCCGGCCGAUGAGAAAGAGAGCAAGACCAUCAUGCUCCGAGGUCUGCCCAUGAACACCACAGAGGCCGAUAUUCGAGUGGCGAUCGAGCAGCUGGAGGGACCCAAGCCAAUGGAUGUGCGUCUGAUGAAAAAGAGAACAGGUAUAAGCCGAGGUUUCGCCUUCGUGGAGUUUUAUCACUUGCAAGAUGCUACCCGAUGGAUGGAGACCAAUCAGAAACUGCUGAGCAUUCAAGGCAAGACUGUGGCCAUGCACUACAGCAACAACCGACACAAGUUUGAAGACUGGCUCUGCAAUUCGUGUGGUCUGUAUAAUUUCCGGAGGAGACUGAAAUGUUUCAGGUGUGGUGCUGCUAAAGUAGAAUCUGAGUCCAGUAACACCACAGGAGCUACAGAAACUCAAGCCAGCGGUGAUUACUACGGUGACACUAUUAUCCUGAGAAACAUCGCACCUCACUCGACUGUUGAAGCCAUUCUGACAUCACUCGCCCCUUACGCCAACCUCUCGCCUGGCAACAUCCGUCUUAUUAAAGACAAACAGACGGGUCACAACAGAGGAUUUGCUUUUGUCCAGUUGUCCUCUCCGCUGGAAGCGUCACAGCUCUUAACCAUCCUGCAGGGAUUACAGCCUCCGCUCAAACUGGACGGCAAGACAAUCGGCGUUGACUACGCCAAGAGCGCCCGCAAGGACUUAUUAUUGCCAGAUGGGAACCGUGUCAGUGCCUUUUCUGUUGCCAGCACGGCUAUCGCGGCCGCUCAAUGGUCCUCGAGUCAGCCUCAGCAGAGUGUAGAGCCCACAUCAGAAUACAGUUAUCUACAGGAAGGCUAUGUGCCGUAUUCACAGGAGUAUCAGGCGUAUUAUCAGCAGCAGGCCGGCGCUGCAGAUCCCUCUCAGGCCAACGGUAUACUCGGAGCUGCGCCUGGAGUGAAAGUUCUUUCCACCGCUGGCGGAGUGGUGAUCUCUCAGGGCGCUCAGGUUUAUCAGGCUCAUAUGGUCAGUCAAAAUGCUACUCAGGUUGAAGGCAAAGCCCUGCUCAUCCCAGGCACUGCCACAGUUUCAUCUCUAUCAGCCUCUGGAGCCGCAGCGAUGGGUGCAGUGAACUGUCAGGAUAACCCCACGGCUGUCCCAGACAUGUCAUCCUAUCAGUACGAUGAAUCAUCCGGGUAUUAUUAUGACCCCAUCACCGGCCUGUACUAUGACCCAAACACACAUUAUUAUUAUAACUCUCAGACGCAGCAGUAUCUGUACUGGGACAGUGAGAAGCAGACGUAUAUGCCUGCAGGAGAUGCUGGUCAAAACGCAGCUGCUUCUGCAUCCUCCACCCUGAAGGAAAGCAAAGAGAAGAAAGAGAAACCCAAGAGCAAAACCGCACAACAGAUCGCCAAGGACAUGGAGCGCUGGGCAAAGAGUCUGAACAAACAGAAGGAGAACUUCAAGGGCAGCUUCCAGCCCAUCAGUCAAGAGGAGAGAAGAGAAGCGGCCGCUGCAGAUGCCGGUUUCACUCUCUUUGAGAAGAAGACUGGAACUCUAGAGAGACUUGUAACAGAAGCAUCUAAAGCCACAGAAGAAGAGAGCUCCUCAUCAAAGGGGGGUUUGGUGGCGGCGUACAGUGGUGACAGUGAACCAGAAGAAGCUGCAGAUGGAGAUGAUAGAGAGGAUAAACUGACAGACUGGAAGAAGAUGGCGUGUCUGUUGUGCAGGAGACAGUUCCCCAAUAAAGAGGGUCUGUUACGCCACCAACAGCUCUCAGACCUGCACAAGCAAAACCUGGAAGUGAUGAGGAGAUCCAGACUGAGUGAAGCUGAGCUGGAGGAGUUGGAGAGGAAAGAAACCGAGAUGAAGUAUAGAGACCGAGCAGCUGAGAGGAGAGAGAAAUACGGCAUUCCUGAACCCCCCGCCCCAAAGAAGAGGAAAUUUACCCAGCCAACACCAGUAGUGAAUUAUGAACAGCCCACUAAAGACGGACUGAACAGUGAUAAUAUCGGUAAUAAGAUGCUUCAGGCCAUGGGCUGGAAAGAAGGUAAAGGUCUGGGCAGAAAUCAGCAGGGCAUCACAACACCUAUCGCGGCUCAGUUAAGAACGAAGGGAGCUGGUUUGGGCACUAAAGGGAGCAACUACACUCUCUCUGCUUCAGAUACAUAUAAAGAUGCUGUACGCAAAGCCAUGUUUGCACGCUUCACAGAGAUAGAAUGAUGAUUUCUCAUGUCAUGCACGAGUCUGCUGAGGAACGUCAGAUAUUUAUUUUUGGAAAUUCUGUGUCGAAGAUAUGUGACUGGAACAAGGUGUACAUAUGUAGAAAGUCAUCAUGAACUGUGAAAGAACUUUUUUGAUUAUAUUUGCUUUUUCCAAACUAGUCUGAUCUAACUCUGUAAAGUUUGUAUAAAGUGAUCUCAUGUUUGUACAUAAGAAAAUAAAUGAGACAAUAACA